CUGGAUACGGACCUAGAAGGAAACGAAGUCCAAAUUCUGACAUUGGCCAUCACGGGAGAUCAGGGUGACUUGGUACUCAUUAAUGAGUGAAGGUACAUAAGUGGAACAGUGGGUCUCUGAAGCGAUGGAAAAUAAAGGAGAAGGUUCACUGUCGGAUCUCAAAUUGGUUGCUCACCCUCGAGCAAAAAGCAAAGUUUGGAAGUACUUUGGAUUUGAUACCGAUGCUGAGGGAUGUAUAUUGCAGUGGAAGAAGAUAUACUGUCGGAUAUGUAUGGCUCAGAUUGCCUACUCUGGAAACACUUCCAACUUGUCCUACCAUCUUGAAAAGAAUCAUCCAGAUGAGUUCUGUGAAUUUGUGAAAAGCAAUACGGAGCAAAUGAGAGAAGCUUUUGCUACUGCAUUCUCAAAGUUGAAGCCUGAAACGUCACAACAUUAUGUACAGGACACUAUAAUCAUGAAGCCCAGCUACGUGUAUGAGAACAGAAAACACCAAGAUCUGACUUCUGCAGUCAUUGGCUUCAUAUGUGAGGGAAUGUAUCCAGUGUCUGUGGUUGAUGAGCCAACCUUUAGAGCCCUUUUGAAAACUGCAGAUCCACGGUAUGAACUCCCAAGCAGAAGCUACAUAUCAACCAAAGCCAUCCCUGAAAAAUACUAUUUGGUCAAGGAGGUUAUAUUUAAAGAAUUAGCAGAUGUGGUAUGGUGUGGGGUGUCUGCUGAUAUGUGGAGAAGUCCCAACCAAAACCGGACGUAUAUCACCUUAACUGCUCACUCCCUGAACAAUUGCAGUAUUAGCAGCCUAAUAUUAACAACCCGGUGCUUAAAAACAUUUGAAGUACCUGAGGAUAACACUGCGGAAAACAUCACACGGGCACUUUAUGAAGCUUUUGUGGAGUGGGGGAUUAAUGGUAAAGUCUUCAGUGUUACGACCAAUUGUUCUGUGGACAUUGUCAAGGCUUGCUCCCUUCUUGACCUUCCUGUGCACAUGCCUUGUUUUGGACAUACUGUGAACCAAGGAAUUAUCCAAGCAUUCCAGCUUCCGAAGUUAAGUUCUCUAUUAAGUCGUUGUAGGAAGCUGGUGGAAUAUUUUCAACAGUCUUCAGUGGCAAUGUAUAUGUUAAGGGAAAAACAAAAACAGCAGAAUGUGGCACAAUGCAUGCUGAUAAGUGACAGAGUGACCUGGUGGGUGAGUACACUUGCAAUGCUUCAACGGCUAAAGGAGCAACAAUUUGUUAUUGCUUCUGUGCUUGUAGAAGAUAGCAACAACCACCACUUGAUGCUUGAAGCAACUGAGUGGAGCACAGUUGAGGGGCUUGUGGACUUGCUAUUGCCCUUUAAGCAAGCAGCAGAUAUGAUGACAGCGUGUAAAUAUCCAACGAUCAGCAUGGUGAAACCUCUAUUGCAUAUGCUUUUGAACACUACAUUAAAAGCCAAAGACAGUGAUCUUAAAGAAAUUAGCAUGGCAAAGGAGAUAAUAACCAAAGAACUCUCUUCUACUUACCAGCAGACACCUGAAAUUGACAUGUUCCUCAAUGUGGCAACUUUUAUAGAUCCUCGGUACAAAAAAUUGCCAUUUCUUUCCCCAUUUGAGCGAGCUCAAGUAGAGAAUCGAGUUAUUGAAGAGGCAAAGGCUAUGUUAGAAAAAUGGAAAGAUGGGUGUUCUGGGUCUGAAGACCCACUUCAUUUCUCAGAUGAACCUCCAAUUAAAAGACCAACAACCUCAACUCCACCUCCUGUCAAUAAUGCCAACAACAUUCUGUCUGUUAUCUUUUGUCAGACAGGCUCUGAUGAGAACCAGGAAGAGCUGCACGCUCAGGUAAUGGAGGAACUGAGCAACUUUAAAUCUCAGAAGGUUCUUGGACUCAAUGAGGAUCCUCUGAGGUGGUGGUCUGACCGUUUAGCCUUAUUUCCCAUUUUACCAAAGAUUCUUCAGAAGUACUGGUGUGUUCCAGCCACAAGCGUCUUCCCUGAGAGACUUUUCAGCUCUUCUGGUAAUGUUUUAAGUGGGAAGAGAAACCGGCUUGCUCCUGCACAUGUGGACCAACAAGUUUUUUUGUAUGAAAACACUCGGAAUGGAUGUGAGCCUGAGCCUACUGAUGAGGACGAAAGUGAGUGGGGUACGGAACAGGACCAUGUGAUGAGUGUAGGUGACACACAUGCUAUGCAUUCUAAUAUGGUUAACGCAAAAGACACUGGCUUCUUUUGAACUUGCUUUUUAGUAUUUCACUGCUGGAAUUUCCUUUUAUUCUUUUGAAUGUUGUAACUUUUACUUGUCUGUGUUUAAUUCAGUGUAUUGUGGUAUUAUUUAACACAGUUUUACCUGUACAAAAUAAAUUAUUCAUGCAUAAUUAAAACAUCUCAAGGACAUUGUUUCAAAAUGUAAUACUGAAGUAAAUGUUUUGCCUGCUUUAGAAAAUUUUUAAUGUACUGCCAAAGCAGGUGCCUUGCAAAUCAUUAAUGAACUAAUACUUUUUUGUAAAUGUGAUGUGAAGUUAUGAUAAAUAUUUUAAAUUAAUGUAUUUAUAGUGCUGUGGUGGAGAAGAGCUAACCUUGUUACAAAUUACCAUAGAAAUGACUGGUGUUUGGCAAAGGAUUCAUUUGCUUAGACAGGUAAACUACUGUUGGAAACAUUUGGAUUUAAUUUAUCUGUAUAUUAAAACCUAGUAAGGUGCACCAGGUUGCUGACCAAUUUUAAUGUGCCAUUUUAAUUCACUAGCUUAUAAUUACUUUUGUGUAAAUGGCCUUAAAUAAGUAUUUUAUGGUAUGCUAGCAAACGUUAACCAACAUAUAAAGUAAAAACUUAGUUUAAGCAGAUGAUGUAAAGAGAAUGUGAAAAAUGAUUACUUGUAACAUUUAUAAUGCAAAAAGUGUACUGCAUAGAUCCUGGGGAAAUUUGGUGCAAAAAAACAAAGUUUAGCAAUUUUAUUUUUUGUAAAACAAUGUGAAAUUUUUUAAGGUACCGUAGAUCCCGGAAU